CCCCUGCCACCAAGCUCCAAGUUCGCGCUCUUUUACAAAGACAAAGUUCAUUCCAACUCGACGCAUAAUUAAUUCACUUCCGACCGUCAAUCAACCUCCUUCUAUCAAUCACCUCCAACUCGCAACAUUUCUCACGAGAUAACUACCUUCCGCGGUCUUUUUUUUUUAUAGAAGCAUACCGAUUUUAAUCUUUAACGCAAUAGCCCUUCUUUGCGAAAUAAUUAAAAAAAAAACAUCCGCCUAUUUCUGUUUGUUAAUCGCAUCUCACAUUCCGUUGUAAAAGGCUUUACGAUAUCUCUAAGUUACGACGAUGGCGAAAGAGCACGCCGUCGAGUUCGAGAAGAUCAUCAACGCUGGCCGAGAGCGCAAGAAGAAUGAAGCUCUUGCUGCCCGUAUCUUCAAGAGAGAUAACCAAAGGCGGGCAAGCGCACCCGCUGCCGGUUCUCUCGCAAGCAGAGUUGGAGUGAAGAAGCGAGUAUCAUCGGUCGCGCGUUUUCCAGCCGGCGAUAUCAACGGCGAAUGGACUCACGACCUUCACAAUGCCCAGAAGAGCACGAGAGGACAACAGGACCCUAACUCGCUAGCCGCUCGAAUCCAUGCGCCAGGCACUGCGCCGCCUCGAUCGCGAAAUGCCCCGCGAAACGCACGGUCAAAUCGUGCAUCCCGACUCGCUAAUGCUUACGAGCGUACUAGGUCGUCGCCGGGAGCUGCGCAACAGCAUCUCAAUGUGAAUUCGGCACCCGCACAGUUUCCGGUACAAGGCAUUACCAUCCGAGGCCUUGCAGGGCCGUUUGCUGUCAUGGCGCAGAACUUCGCACCGGGAACCACAGCCGCCGAUAUAGAGAGCGCCAUGACGCCGGUCGGUGGGAUCAUAAGCAGUUGUCGACUAAUCAAGACACAUCCUAUCGUGAUAGCCGAGAUAGUUUUCGAGAGCAAAGAGGGUGCAGACCGAGUAAUCCAGACCUUUAACAACCAAACGGCCGAUGGCAGAACGCUGCACGUAUACCUAAAGCCUGGUGGCUACCGCCCUGCACCGCCUACUGGGCCGCGUGCUCAGCGUGAUCAUGAGACUCGAUUAGCCGGCAAUAAUAUUGUCGUUGAUGGAUCGAUGGGUUUUGAUGACCCGAUGGAGACGGAUUCGCCCGGUAGCGGCUAUUCUAACGCGGGCGGCGGCCUGUACAGUGACACCAUGGUUCCCACAAGCCAAGCUAACGGCACCGGCGGCAAUACUAGUCGCAGGGGCAGAAACUUCCGGUCCGGGAGGUAGGACCACGGGUCAGAACCGGACGGUGCUAUGAGGUAUUAUUACUAUGAGGGCGCCUAUCAUAAUGAGCCUUCGUCUGGCCACAAACACCGGCAAC